GCUCAGCAAAAACAGGGUCAGGUCGGCUUGGGCCGCAGUCAGCUACAGGGUGGCUCUGUAACCAGCGCCUCCUCUCGACCGAGCUCUGUGGCAUCCGCGUCCGGCCGGUCAAGCCCGCCCCCCAGCCCCUCACACUCGUCUGACCCUCCCAGCGAGCGGAUGGCCGGCUUACAAGUCGGAGGUCGCCCGAGGGGGUCACAGGUUGGAGAGAGAGAGAGGGAACGCAGGCCCACAGUGUCCAUGCGUGGGGAGAGGGGGAAACCCAUGCAGCUGUCUGCCAACUAUGUGCGACUGUUGUGCAAACAUGAUGGCGUCUAUCAGUACCACGUCCAUUUCUCACCGGUCAUCGACAACAAAAGGUUGAAGAUUAAGCUGUUGGCGGAGCACAAAGCAGAACUGAACACAGGCUACAGUUUUGACGGCAGCAUCCUGUACAUGCCCAAGAAAUUACAGAGCAAAGAAGUUGUGUUCACCUCCAUCAGGAAGACUGACGGUACGGCGGUUUCGCUGACGGUGACGUAUGUGAAAACCGUUCCCCCUGCCCAGUGUGUUCAUCUCUACAACGUUGUCUUCAGAAGGAUCAUGUACAUCUUAGACAUGUGCCAAGUUCAGAGAUAUUUUUUCAACCCACACACUCCAGCCUCCAUCCCCCAGCGCAAACUGGAGGUGUGGCCAGGAUACAUCACAGCUGCCCAGGAGCAGGAGGGUGGGCUCAUGUUGCUCCUGGACGCCUCUCACAAAGUGCUGCGGACGGAGACCGUGCACGACAUCAUGGAAGCUUGCGCCAUCUCCAACCCCCGAGGCUUCCAGGAGGAAAUAAUGCGCAAGGUGGUGGGCUCGGUGGUGCUCACUCGCUACAACAACAAAACCUACAGGGUCGACGACAUCGUCUGGUCAAAGACGCCCUUGGACAAGUUCGCAUCCAAGUCAGCCGGUGAAAGCAUCACCUUCGUUGAGUAUUACAAAACCCAGCACAACAUUGACAUCCAGAACCAGUCUCAGCCGCUUCUGCUGCACAAGAGGAAGCCGGACAAAGGAGCCCCGCCUGGCGAGAAACCGGACCCUGAGUUCCUGUGCCUGAUACCCGAGCUGUGCUACAUGUGUGGGCUCACCGACGACAUGCGGCAGGACUUCCAGGUGAUGAAGGACCUGGCUGUCCACACGAGGGUGACCCCGGCUCAACGCCAGCUGGCCAUGAAGAAGUUUGUCAACAGCGUCAACAGGAGUCCCGAGGCUUGUGCCGAACUGGCAACAUGGGGCCUGGAAAUUGAGAAAUCCACCGUUGAUAUUGCCGGCAGAAGGUUGGCGCCAGAGACCAUCUACAUGGGGAAGAAAGAGUUUUCGGCGGGCAACCAGGCCGACUGGUCACGUGAAGCCACUCGCAACGAGCUCAUCUGCCCCGUCAACCUGCAGAACUGGGGCAUCUUCUUCACCCGGCGCGACGCGGCGAAGGCCAACGAGUUUGUGCGCCACAUGCAGUCAGAGACGCGCAACAUGGGCAUCAGGUGUCAGGCUCCGUUCCGGAAAGAACUGGUCAAUGAAAAGAUUGAAACGUUGGUGCAGGAGCUGAGGAGAUCGAUAGAUGACAAGGUUCAGCUAGUUGUGGUGAUCAAUCCGACCAGCCGAGACGAUCGCUACUCGGCGAUAAAGAAAGUGUGCUGUGUGGAAGCUCCGGUGCCCUCUCAGGUGAUUGUAGCAAGGACAAUAUCCAAGCCAGAGAAAAUGCGCAGCGUGGUUCAGAAGAUUGCGCUGCAGAUCAACUGCAAGCUGGGCGGAGAGCUGUGGGCCGUGAAGAUUCCGCUGAAAAGUCUGAUGGUUGUGGGCAUCGACAGUUUCCACGACAACGCGCGCGGCAAACAGUCUGUGGGAGGCUUCGUGUGUAGUCUGAACGCGACGUGCACGCGCUGGUUCUCCAACGUCUGCAUACAGCGACAGGGGGAGGAACUGGUCCACGGACUGCAGCUCUGUCUUACCAAGGGACUGCGCAAGUUCCACGCGGAUAACCACUUCCUUCCUGAAAAAAUUGUCAUAUUCCGUGACGGUGUGGGGGACGGUCAGCUGAACACCCUGGCUGACCAUGAGGUGAAACAGCUACAUCGCUGCUUCCUCAGCUUUGGCGAGGGCUAUCAGCCGCUGUGCUCCACCGUGGUCGUACAGAAGCGAAUCAACACCCGCAUCUUCAGCAAAGAGGGAGACGGGGGUGUGGACAAUCCAGGUCCGGGCACCGUCGUGGAUCACACGGUCACUCGGCGGGACAGGUACGACUACUUCAUCGUGUCACAGCACGUGCGUCAGGGCACGGUGAGCCCCACCCACUACAUCGUGGUAGACGACGGCCUGCAGCUCAAGCCCGACCACAUGCAGGCGCUCACCUACAAGAUGACUCACCUCUACUACAACUGGCCGGGCACCGUCAGAGUCCCCGCCCCUUGUCAGUAUGCUCACAAGCUGGCCUAUCUAGUGGGAGAGAACAUCCACAAGGAGCCCGCCGAAUGCCUCUCCGACCGACUCUUCUUUUUGUAAAUUUUUUUUUUUUUUUUAGAUUUUAAAAAAUUUGCCAAUAGUGUUCAAGUUUUGUACCAGGCAGCAACCGUCCUAUUUGCCUUUUUGGUACCACAUUUGUGUUGUUUUAUUAUUUUUGUUGUAAUUAUCAUUCUUUUUUUUCCCCCCCUUCUGUCCAUGUGCAUAAUUUGUCGGCUUAUAUUAGAAUCAGUCUAGGUUUGAUUUUGUAUGGAAGUGGUGUGUGAUGUUUGUUAUGGUUCAAUGUUGUUUUAGGUUUGAUGUUGUGGGAAUAAAUGAACAGCCGAUGUUGUCUCAUUCCUCCCGGUUCCCGCACAUGUCGUGUAGUGACACCCCCCCCCCCCUAUAGUGUAGAUCAAUACCAUCGACCAACUGUUCCGAUGUGCUGCUCCCAAAGGUUUUUAUUUUUAUUUUUUUCUCGGUUUCUUAAUCUGUGACUGUGAUGGCCUGGAGGUUAGGCUGUUGGACUCGCAACCGUAAAGUCGUGGGUUCAAGUCCGGUGAGGGAUUUGACGUUGUGUCCCUGGGAUGGGUAUUUUAUGCAAACUUUCCUCAUUUUACCCAGGUGGAAAUGGGUACCAGGCUAUAGACAGCGAAAGAUCUUGUUAGUGUGUUAGUGUUUGAGCUGAGCGUGUGCCAUUCACAGCCUUCUAGGAAGCGGAGAAUGUUUGUGAGUGCUCAAGGGUCUGCUUGGGUAAGAAAAGUUGUAAAGUUCUGUAUAUAAGUUUUACAUUCUAUGUUAUUGCCCUAGCACAACCCUAGAACUAGGACACUCGGAAACAUUCUCCGUUACUGGACAAGUCGGGAGGAAGGGCUAUAUGGGUUAGUGUCGGGAUCUUCUUAGAUUAAGCAACCGAGAGUAGUGGAAAUUGUGACAAACUAUCCGUCUAGCAAACAAAUCGGGUGAGAGUUGGUGUGUAAUAUUUCUGUCAGAAGGUUUUAUGCUGCUUAGUGCUCAACAAUUGUGACAUGUUAAGGACAAGCGGGCUAACCCAGAUUUCGGGGGUUUCUAGAAAUCUUGACCUACACCAAAAGUGGGCAUUGCCC